AUGUUAAAAGGCAAAGCUUUUGGACGGCUCUCUCUCAAUUCACCUUCUCUUUCCUUUUGGAAUUCGAAAUAUUACGUAACCAGUAGAAUGUUUUCCAAGACUUUGUUCAACCAUUCUGAUCAUGAACGGAAAACUUCUCAAGCUGAUCCGUCAAGAAAGAUUUUCAAUCAAGAAACCAAUGAUCGCCAAGAUCAAACAAGCCAUCAAAAAUCCAAAAAACCACAAACAUCUUCCGCUGAUGAUGUUCAUCAAGAAAAUAAUUCCAAUGAAAAGAUUAAAAGGGCUUCCGAAAGUAGUCUUCCAUUCCUUCAUGAAGUGAAAGAAGAAUUAUUUUCCAAUGAAGGACAACGAAGUAAAUACUACUUGUCAAAAUUCUUUACUCAGAGUGUUGGAAGUACUGAAGUAGUUCAAUAUGUCAUGAAUAUACGAAUUCCAAAGUGGUUAGCUCCUCUUGCGAUUUUGAUAGUAUUGUAUUUUGUGCUAACUCAAAUCAAGAUGAAAACACAAGUGGGAGAAUUAAUUAAGCAGAUCAAGGACGCAAAAUUUAUUAGUAAUAGAGGUCAAGAUGAGUCUGAAAAUAACGAACGACUCAUAAAGGUCUAUGGAAAGGUGAAAUGUUCUGUGGAAAAGCCUUUGAAUAGUGAAACACCUCAACUAGAGGUGAUGAACAAAUCAAAACAUUCACAACAUCGUCACACUCCAAGACAAGACCAUGAUAUUCUCAUGUAUCAUUAUAUCAUUAGAAGUGUCGAAAAUGGAAGCAAGGGAUUUGCAAGCAAUACUGAAUUUUAUGAAAUAGUCUAUGCCACAAGCUUCCCAAUUUAUUUGAAAUAUUAUUUAGAAGAAAAUAUCAUUGAGAAUGAGAGAAAUACUUUCGAAAAAAAGUGGUGGUCUAAUGAUAACAGCAAGGACAGCAAACCAAGACUGUUGCCACAAUACUCAAUGAUUUUAGAUAUCAUGAAUGAAAACCAAACCAAAAAAUUGGUGAGCACUUUUUCUGACGAGGGAUUGCACAAACUCUCUCCCAACGAAAUAGCUCCUUUUCUUCAUACAGAGAGAAUUAUUUCUACAAGCAACAAAGCCAACGUGAUAGAUUUUUUCUCUGAAUUAGAGAAAAUAGCACAAAAGUCCUCAAUGAAACCAGUAGCCAGUAUCAAUUUAGAGAACACGUUGAAACAUGGAAAUACUUAUUACAUUACUGAGAAGGUCUUACGAGUUGAUGAUUCGGUGUUUGUAAUGGGACCAUUGAGAAAAGAACUUGAAGUAUUGCAUUUAAAUUGCAAUAUUAUUUCGAGUCACAAUGAGAAAGAUUUAAUUCAUAAUCUUCAGAAACAAAACAGUUUUCUGGUGAGAAAGUAUUAUGAAUUUUGA